UCUCGCUGCCCCCGCCCCCUGGCAUGACGCGCCGCGUGAACUCCAUCUACGACAUGCGCAUUACGUCGCCGCCGCCGGGGCCCAUCUACGGCACACUGCCCGCUAGGACACUGCCUGCCGACCGCAGGAGCAUAGCCGGCUCCACCAUCCUAGGGCCUGCUGCCCCCGGCGCCCCCCCUGGCAUACCGACUCAUCUUCUGCCACCCAUGGCCCGCCCACGCCCCUUGGUUGUUGAUGAGAAGGGCAACCCCGAGCCCCUGCCGGUGAGGCAUAUCUCUGAAAAGAACGGAUCUCUACCCCCUGGCGUGUCGGCCAAGGUGGCGGCUUCCGUCCACUCGGAGGAGGAGAAGAACACGAAGGGCGUGUGCUGCCGUGGAGGAGCCUGCGUGGCCUGGGUCAUUCUCGCCGUGGUGUGCCUGGGCAUUCUCCUGGCGGUCAUGCUGAGGUUCAUCUUAUAAAACUGUUUCAGACGAGGGGUCGAGGGUGCGUCAAGAUCCCAUUGCAAUAGUUCACAAGCUGACGAUUCCGCACCAAGAAACGCAUGGUGCUUCACGGGGGAGGGUCCUGAAGUGGGAGGGUAAUAUCUAGUGUAAGAAAGUACUAAGGCCCCAGAGCCGUUAAUGUUUAUGUACCAUAACUGUAUCAUACACAACAGGUCAGGCUUGAAACGCACCUAAGACACGUAGAAAUCAGGCAUGGGAGAUCAUUGAAAUUUUGCAAGUACAAAAGACCUUUGAUUAUAUUUCCUCUGCCUCCAUCCAAUAAUUCAUAUAUAUUGUCAUUAUGAAGGUGCUAAUCUUUAGAUGACUGUACAGAUUGUGUAAUUCUAAUUGUAAUUCUGAUGCCUGCAGAGAUGUAUGACUCUCAUGCACGUUUCCUCUCUGCUAUUGAUUUGAGAAUUGAAGAGCAAAACUAAAUUUGCUCUGGUCUAUAGGUAAAGUGUUACCCUUUGUAAGAUAAUUUUUGUAUUACUCUCUGACAUUCCCUGUCAACAAUCACGUUUUGUAUUUUGUAUAAAUCUUGAUGAAUGCAUUAUUAACAUAUAUGUAAAAUGUACAUACAUGGUUCAACGUCCUACACAGUACACCAUAGCUAUCCUAGUUCUGCACACUUGCAGGAAUUUUGUAAAUAUUUUAUUUUGUAUUGUGGCAUUACAGGUUAUGUAUUAAUGUUUUUCUAUCUAAGGUGCUGGGAACUUAAUAAUAUGUAAGACGCUGUACAUAUAUCGGGAAAAAAAACAUU